UUGGUUUAGCGUGCGGAAGAUUUUUUGAAAACUUAACAUUUGAAAAUAUUUGAAGGAAGAACUAAAAAAGUUCCUGUUUGUUUCAAUCGUAGAAGAAGUUUUGUCAAAAGCUCGAUAACAAUUGUACGUACUCUAUCAAGUUAAAUUUUUCAGUUAGUUAUUUUUUGUUUACACGUUUUUUGUGUCAGUUCAAAAUGACUUCACGUGAGUUAAAAAUUGCCAUUGGAGGCGACAUGCAAACUGGGAAAACUUGUCUUGUCAACAGAUUCAUAGACAAUGUGUUCACUGACAGAUACAAGAUGACAGUUGGGGCGGAUUUUACAAGCAAGUCGUUGUGCAUCGACGGAGAGAAUAUUCAACUUCAGAUUUGGGACAUAGCUGGCCAAUACAGGUCAAAUAAAUCGGUCACCAGGAACUUUUUCAAAGAUGCAAGUGGAGUUAUAAUCACGUUCAGUUUGGCUGGGAUGGACGGCUCUAUGAACAGUUUGUCAGAGUGGCGCAAAAUGUCUUUAUCUGUUCUGGACGAUGACCUUCCAUGCGUUCUUGUUGGAACAAAGAGUGACUUAGGUACAAUCGACACAAGAAGCAUUGAAUCGGUCUCCGAAGAGCACAAAUUCCAUAAAUGGUACAUGACAUCAGCCAAAGAUGGAACAGGAGUUGAUGAAAUGUUUGAGGACCUUUCGCGACUAAUGGUUGAGCACCAAAAACAAAAAUUAGAAAAAAUCCGAAACCGCAAAAAACUGGUAAUGAAUUUGAACGACCAGGGUAAUAAAACAAAACGAUUCUGUCAAUGCUAA